AUGUCAUCAGGCCCUAAGUCCAUCUUGGUACUACGGCGUGCAGCGAGUCGGAGGACCAAGGCUAAAGCGGCCAGUGCCAAAGUAACAAAGACUGAGAUAGAGACAUUGAUGGCACCGUCAUUCAUGGUUGCGGGUGAGAAACCAGCUUCGUCGUGGAUCACUGGGCUAUUUUGGCCGCCAAAGGAAAGUAUGAAGCCGGAUGGGUGGAUAUUGGGCAUCUUGGAAAACGUUCAUUACUCAGAUGCAACAAACCUCUCAGGGGAGAUAGCCCAUUACGGUAAAACCGGACAGAUGGAGACGGACCAAGGGCCGACCACGCUCCUUGACAAUUUGUCAAGUGUUUGGUUUUCCCUAAGAUUAGGCCUCAUUAUUGCAUCGUUCAGCGAAGCCUCACAACUCCCCCUUAUCAAGUUUAUAGCGUCAGCUCCCUCCCGCCAUGCCCACCACUUCGCAAGACCAAAGCUGUUUUCUGCAGCACUCGACCAUGCCAGAAGGCCGACAGACUACCAGAGCUCUCCUUCCAUCAAUCCGUCAGGUUGUUCAUGGACUACCAACACCUUCCCAGACUCCACAGUUAGCCCUGGUAAAGGGUCAUGGUGGUGUGAUCCCGAGUUUAUCGAGCCCGCCAGCAGAGCUGUAGCCAGAUUGAUUUCUAAGUCCAAUGCGCCAGAUAGCUUGGCGCUUCGCAUCGGAUUCGUUACCCAAGAAAAGAUGAAUAGCGGUCAUGGGCGAGAGCCUCCAGCGUCGGCCAAGUGCCUUACAAACCUAGAAAAAGCCUACCUGACGCCUGCAUCCCGAAAUUGCCCCAGCGUUGACAAAAGGAACCUGACAUCACGCUCGGCCACAAAUAUCCAAAACUCUCGUGCAUCUGCACACCAACCAAGUGCUGCCAGUCGCCAACAUGUGACUAAACGUGGCCUUCUAUCUACCAAUAAUGCCCGACGGCUACAACAUUUCCCGCGCGGGACAGAAAACUUUCUGCUACAUAACCCAAACGACACCCACUCCAGAAAUCAAGGCACAGGAACCAAAUUUCCACGUCACUCCACCACCAGACACAAGCAACAAGUCCUCCCAAGCGUAAUGCUUCAGAAGGGGAAAAUAUUACAAGCCUCCGAGGAGAAAAAUGCCAGAAACAGCCAUCUUCCGAGCUCUGCUCAGCCGAAGCAGGGAAACCUGGCGGACAGGCAGGGCCAGGAUUGCCACGUCGGUAACGAUAUUCGGGACCGCGACGCUGGUAAACCAUAUGCCUUUAUCAAUGCAUGUACCCUCUGUGGUGGACAUGCCCCAAGCCUUCCGGACGGGCCGACAUUGGAAUAUGGCGAGGAGACAGACCGCGAUCCACCACAUGAGAACGAUAACACCAAGCGAGUAUCCACCAACCUUCAUGGAUCUUAA